AUGGCCGCUUCCACUUAUUUUGUAACCUGCUGUUCAAGGCGACAUGGGUUAUGGUUCCGAUUGCGGAGGCUGAUCAUCUGGCUGCUGGGAGUGUACAUAGCCAUUCCAUUUCUAGUAAAACUUUGCCCUGCUAUUCAGGCGAAGCUGGUCUUCCUAAACUUUGUGAGGGUCCCAUAUUUCAUUGACUUGAAAAGACCACAAGAUCAGGGUUUAAACCACACCUGUAAUUAUUACCUUCAGCCAGAGGAGGAUGUGACCAUUGGAGUCUGGCAUACGGUCCCUGCAGCCUUAUGGAAGAAUGCCAGAGGGAAGGACCAGCUGUGGUUUGAAGAUGCUUUGGGUUCCAGCCAUCCUGUGAUCCUUUACUUGCACGGCAAUGCGGGAACAAGAGGAGGGGAUCACCGUGUGGAGCUUUAUAAGGUCCUCAGCUCCCUUGGGUACCACGUGGUCACAUUUGAUUAUCGAGGCUGGGGUGAUUCAGUAGGCAGCCCGUCGGAGAGGGGAAUGACCUACGAUGCCCUUCAUGUGUUUGACUGGAUAAAAGCAAGAAGUGGAGACAACCCUGUCUAUAUAUGGGGACACUCCUUGGGCACAGGGGUCGCAACAAACCUAGUGAGGCGCCUUUGUGAGAGAGAAACACCCCCUGAAGCCCUGAUACUGGAAUCUCCGUUCACCAACAUACGUGAGGAGGCACGAAGUCAUCCCUUUUCUGUGAUAUACAGAUACUUUCCAGGGUUUGACUGGUUCUUCCUUGACCCCAUCACGACAAGUGGAAUUAAAUUUGCAAAUGAUGAGAAUGUGAAGUACAUUUCCUGCUCCCUGCUCAUCCUUCACGCUGAGGAUGACCCGGUGGUACCGUUUCAUCUGGGAAAGAAGCUUUACAACAUUGCUGCGACGUCGCGGAGUUUCCGAGACUACAAGGUGCAGUUUGUCCCGUUCCACACAGACCUCGGCUACCGGCACAAGUACAUCUACAGGAGUCCAGAGCUACCUCGAAUACUGCGGGAAUUCCUGGGAAUACCUGAACAAGAGCAUCAUCACUGAAGACUGGCUGUUUGGCAGCACAGAGGUUUCCUUUCUUUUCUUCCUCUCUCCUCAUUUUCCUCCCCUCUCCCUGUGGGUCAGUCUGCCAUUCUUCCAUCCCUGGCACUAGAGGAGAUCAGGAGUUCCCACUCUGGUCCUGAUGUGUACCCUUGGCAACUCCAGCUCCUGACAUCAGCACCUGUGAUGGUAGAAGGAGGAUACGGUUGGCUUCUUUUUUGACGUGGAUGGAGGGGUGACAACAACCCAGGAGCUGGUACCAAACAGUGAACAAGUAAGCACAACGGAGCCUGGCCAAUCCAGAGUGGUACUGCUGAGGACAGACACGCCUUGGAUGUGUGUCAUGACCAACGGUGUUUCUUUCACUUUUAAACACUGCUGCUGGUUUUUGGAUCACGUAGAGACUCUUUUGUUGGCAAAUGGCUUUUGCAGUGUCUCCAUACCACAGUUGUCUUGCUUGAGUUUGAGGUGUUUUCUUUCUAGGAAAUACAUGUUUUUUGCCUUCCCUUUUUGCUAAGUAGCUGUAAUUACAAAUCCACUAAAGAUCCAGGUGAUGAGAGGUAUUUUUAUUUAGCUCUUGAGUCACAGUGUGUUGCAAGUGUUGAGCUAAUUGCACACAUUUCGGAAAUAAAGUGAAAGCUUUUUUUUUUUUCUCUUUAAACAUCUCUUUAAUGGAAAAGAUUAAUGCCCUUUUAUCUUCUCUGUAGGCUUUUUUUUUUUUCCUGAACAUUUCUGCUCCCAUUUCUAUUAUCCUCAGUGGAGCUCCUCCCCUUUUUCACAUGCACUUUUUAAUAGGAUUGAAGUGGUUGCUGUAGAUAAAUUACAAGCUUUGGGCAUUAAACUGGAAAGCAUGAGGUUAUUUUGCCUGACUUUCCUCUUCCAGGAGCAUGGGCCCAGGGUGUGAGAGUGGAUGUGUUCUGUAUUCCUCGUACAUACCUGGACAGAUACGUGCUUUCUGUGGGGGGAAGGGCUUUUUUAUUUUCUCUUAUUUACUUUUUAAUUCCUUAGAUCAAAUUUUCCAGGAUCUGUGGCUAUGCUGUUCCUCUGUAGUUAAGAGCAGGCAGUGAUACUUAGUUCUCGAUGCAAAAACAAGGCUGGGUUUCCUCCCCAUCUCUCCCUCCACUUCCCUUCUACAUCCUGGGCACCACAGGCAAUUCCAGCAGCUGCUUUCUCAGCUCACCUCAGUGCUGUGGUUGGAAAGAGAAGUGGAAAUGAGUCCUCUUCCAUGGAGAUACAUUCUGGGGAUGUCCUUACACUGCUUCGGGCUACCACAGGCCUCUUUUAUGCUGCUGUUGAGCUCUGCACUGAGAGGGGAGAGAGUCUUCUGCAGGCUUGGCGGUGUCCUGCUGGGUCCCUGUCAGGUUACAGCCAAUUCCAGGUGCUGUAGGUUUGACACUAGUGCUCAGAAGCAGAUGGUGCUGCCUGAAAGGGUCCAUUCAGGGGUGUACAGCAUAGUAGAAACUGCUCGGCAUGCAUCCAGGUUAGACCUGCUCAUACUACUUGCAAAGCAGACAGUAGCUUGUUCUUGUACUGAGAUUCUUCUGCUCUAACGUGGUUAUUCCUGAAGUUUCUGACCUAUGAUACUCAUAAGCUAACUGUGCCACUUAAAUUAUGUUUAAUGCACUUGUAUUUAUUGCACUGACAAGAAGAGAAACACUUACUUGGCUCUGUAGAGAGGGACCUGUACAUUCCAGCUAAUGCUGCUGCUGGCAGUGGGCUUGGGCUGCCUCCUGCCCUGGGGCAGCACAGGAACUGUGGAUGUUGGUGAUCCCAGCACCUCCAUUCUUUUUCAGAGGCCGGUGAUAAGCUUGGAAAUUAGAACUGAAAUGUUUAUCUCAAAGUGGUGUAGUUUUAAUAAAGGCAUUGAUUGCUGAUCAUUUCA